AUGUCCGGACACGACGAGAAGCGCGUCGCCGCUGGUCUCAAGGCCGCGAUCCACAACCCCAACGUCUCCGAGGAGGCUAAGGAGCGCGCACAGGAGCGCCUCGAGACCAUGGGUACCUCUGUCGAGACGACCUCGCGCGCCCCCGGCGGCAGCUACCCCGUCGGCAGCACCGACGAGGCCGGCCACGAGACUAACCGCGUCUUGGGCGGGUACAAGGCCACGCUGCACAACCCGAGGGCGAGUGACGAGGCCAAGGAGCACGCACGCGAGAUCCUUAGUGCGGAUGGUUACCAGUUCGAGCGCCCCGAGGGCGUGACGGAGGAUGAGCACCAGAUGCGCGUCAACGCGGGCUACAAGGCCGCGCUUAACAACCCACGCGUGUCGGACGAGGCCAAGCUGCACGCUGAGGAGUACCUCCAGCAGCACGGCGGCUUCUGA